AUGAAAGAAACCGAGACGAUUGAUUCUUUCGCAUGGAGGAUUAGUCAAUUGGUCACCAAAGGAGCCAGUUUGGGAACCACCUACGAAAACAAAAAGCUAACCAGAAAGUUAUUAGGCUCUCUUCCAGCAAAGUAUGUUCCAAUUGUCGCAUCAAUUGAACAAUUCGCAGAUUUGAAGGCCAUGACGUUUCAGGAAGCGAUCGGUAGACUGAAGACGUUCGAAGACAGGAUUAAGGGUAUCGAGUCUUUAGCAGAAAAUCAAGGAUGUCUGGAUCGUAUGAAGAAACAAGAUGAAGCUAACUUAGCUAAAAACGAUGAUUUUGAUCCAUCAUUAUUCAUGAUAAUAUGUGAUCAAGAGACGGUUUUUCUAAACGAAGAAUGGGUGAUUCCAAAGCGUUUCGAGACUGAGCCAAUGGAGAAAGACACUUGGUAUCUCGACAACGGAGCAUCGAAUCACAUGAUGGGUAAUCGAGCUUAUUUCUUUGAACUUAAUGAGCGUGUCACGGGAAAGGGAUCGGUAUUACUUGAAGGGAAAACGGGGGAGAAGCGCCUGUUAACCGAUGUUUACUACAUACCGAGUUUGCAAAGCAAUAUCAUAAGUCUUGGUCAAGCAACGGAAGGUGGAUGCGACAUUCACAUGAAACGUGAUUUGCUAACCAUUCAUGAUGAUACAGGGAAGCUUAUGAUGAAGGUGACAAGGACCAAGAACCGUUUGUACAAGAUCAACCUCAAGAUAGCAAGUUCCGGUACACAAGAUAACAUGACUGGAAUAAAGAAUUUUGCGGGUAGGGAUCUACAAAGAGGUGAACUGAAAGAUAAUACGGCAAGUACGAGUCAGAAUCUUCUCAAAGAUCCAAGUUUAAUGAAGAAACCCAAAAUUCAAAGUCCAAAGAAAAAUGUUCAUGAAUUCAAGGAAAGGAUCAAGCAAGGGAUUCAAACCCAAGGAAGUAUACGUAACGAUUCAAGAAAGCGAGUGUUUGCUCAAGGUCGCAGCCGAGUCAAUGGUGGUGCGAGUUCUUAUGACCAAUGGACGAGUCGUGGAGAAAAGACUAGUCGAGUACAAGGUCGCAAGAAUGUUCAAGCUAGGAAGGAGCCGAAAAACACAGCUAGAGAUCAAGAUGAGUUCUAUGAGAAUCAAGACAAACAAGACAUGUUAGAGCCUACCUAUUUCGAGUCGGAAAUUAAGGGGGCGAUUGUUGGCGGUAAUUCCCAACUCCUUACAAGUCGUUGA